UUUGAAACCUACUCUGUGCUGGGAAAAAAAUAUAUUGUUCAACAGCCUAUACUUAAUGAACUUGUUGUUUCCUGAUAAAGAAAAAAGAUCGACAUUGUUCUUUCCCUUCUAUUUUAAAAUUCAGCUACUAUUAGUGUUCUCACUACUAGAAAGUUUAUAGUUAUUGGUAUUGUUUCAGGCUGUAACAAAGGCAAAGUUGGGAUAUGAUCCCCUGGAAGUGAAUCCUGAGGAUAUGGUUCGUUACGCAAUGGAAAAGCCACAGGUAAGAGUUUAGUUUUUUUUUUUUCAGUUCCAUUACACAAUCUUUAGUGAUUGUUGGUUUUUUUUUAUCAUUAUCAUUUGCUUUCAAUCCAUGUGUCUUGAAUAGGAGAUUUUAGUCUGCAUUCUUUUAGUGCCUUUUCUUACAAAUAUUCUCUCAUUCAAUAAGUGAUGAAUUUGCUUACCUAGAUUUUGAGCCUUUGGUAUUUAUUUUGGAAAGAAAUCUCUCCACAUCCCAUUAAAGUGCAAGUUUCUGCGAGAUUAGUUGCUGAAGAAAAGGUUUUAAACACUUAGUGGUGUGUUGCAAAGGUGGGGCCUAGUUUUUGUAACCUUCUUGGUUUAUUAAAGCUGGAAGUGGAGAAGAAAAGAGAUCAAAGCACUUCUGUUUUUGUUUUCAUUCAAACUUUUUAAACAAAAUAAAACUAGGGCCAAAUAUAGAUAGACUCAGCAGAAAAUAAAUCAGUCUUACAAACUAGGAACAAAAUUAGAGAAAAAAUUUGAAUUAAAAAAACUAAGUCUGAGAUAUACUAUCUAAACCUACAGAUAAAUUUGACAGCCUUAGAAUCCUAAGGCUGCUCUCUCUGGAAUCUCUCAGGUGAUAUCAUAUUAUUUGUGUUUCCUUUUAGUUAGAAUUCAAUUUGUUUUUGUACAUUAUAUGAGAAACAUUUCUAAUGUCUAUGAAACUUGUUACAUAUGAUGGCCUCAUAUUCUGUUUCUGAUGCUCUGUUUCAACUUAUUACUUGUAUAUGACCUAUGUUCAUCCGUUCAUUUUCUCUCUUGCGACUAUUAUCCCGAUGUCACCAGAUGAGGUCCUGUGCAAGGGUAGUGGGACCCUCUGUGAAAUGCUUCUAAUGGUCCAGGCAUACAAGGCAAAUGUUAUUUGCCCUAACAAACACCAAUCUGAAUCAGAGAAGUUUCAUAAUAACCGUCUUCUUGAAAGCAAGACAUAUAUAGGUGGUCAUGUGGAAUGCCUUGAAAGUGGAGUUUUUAGAUCUGAUCUUUUAACUAGUUUUAAGCUUGAUCCAUCUGGAUAUCAGCAACUGAUUGACAACCUUGAUCGUGAUCUGUAAUAUGCUAUAAGAGUUGAGGGUAAGAUGGACUUGGAUUCCGUAUCUAAUUAUGAUGAAGUGAGGAGUUCUAUCUUUGAAAAGGCUGAGCUUUUCGACAAGUUUCUCAAUGGCUCAACCUUAGUGGAAUGCUAUUCAGCUGUUGCUUCUGUUGCCAACCGCUGGCUUGAUCUUCUUGAUAAUCAAGGAAAGGAUAUUGCGGACAGUGAGUUGCUCGAUUAUAUAUCUGAAUCAAGUACCAUGAGUAAGUCUCUAGCAGACUACCAAAGUCAUCAUCGACAUUCACAAUAAGUUCAGGCAGAGAAAAGGAGGCUCUCAUGCAAUGAUCCCAAAGUGAAGAAUAGGAAGAAUGUCAAGAAAAAUGACAUUAUUGAGUUUUCAAUGACCUAAAAUAAUGUAUAGAUAUUUUUUAUUUAU